AUGUCGGAAGAGCUCGCAUACAAGAUAAUAGUAAUUGGUGAUGUUGGGGUAGGGAAAAGCAACGUGACAUCACGGUACUGCGAUGGCUCCUUUUACGACGACAUUGUUCCCACCAUUGGUGUGGACUUCAAGUACUGUCACUGCACGACACUAGAAAAACCCGCACGCUCUGUGCGACUGCAGAUAUGGGACACAUCUGGCCAAGACCGCUUUGUCACCCUCACCACUGCCUUCUACCGCAACUGCAACGGCGUGCUGCUCUGCUUUGAUCUCACCAACCGCGUCUCCUUUGAGAACCUCGACGCGUGGUACGACCGACUCGUAUCGAACUGCUUAGAGACCCCGCCGCUCAUUCUCGUCGGCUGCAAACUCGAUCUUGUGCACCGCAGCGACGCGCAGGACGGCGGCAUUGCGUUGGGAAGUCAGCGGCAAGUGGAGAAGAGCGAAGGAGACGCGUGGGCGCGAAGUCACAACUGUCUGUGUUAUCUGGAAACAAGUGCAAAGGACAACACAAAUAUUUCUGAGGCCUUCCAGCAAUUGGCAACUUAUGUUUCGCAAAAUACAUCCUUAGCAGUGGAGGGCAACCGGAAUACAAUAGGAGGAGGUCGUAAUAGGAGACCAUUUCAACAAGAAGGUGAUAGGAAAAAAACAUGUUGUAGCAUCUUUUGA